UUUAACCCAAAAGAAAGAGGUGAGACCCCUGACAUGGCGUCCCUAGUCUGGAACACGGAAGUAACGUAACUUGAGCUGAGAUGAGAUCAUCCUUUGUUUGAGUCCACAUUCUUCCUAACUCGAACAUAACACAGAAGGGGUUGUCUAGUUAUGACAAAUGCAUGAUUCGUAGUUACAAUUUGCUGAAAUCAUUGCAUGUGUAUCUCACCGCCCCCACCUAGCGACAGGUGUGAUUUCGCAGCCUGUAGGCAGAUGUGACAGUCACCCCAAGUGUAAAUCAAAGCAGCUCUUUGCCAGUGGCCAGCAUCAACAGUGUAGACAUUAUUUGCAACGUUACUGGUACUCAUUGCCGUCCUUGACACAUUGAUGACGAAGACAGUGAGAAAACACCAAGAUGGAAGACUACGAGAUUCUGACACAACUCGGCAAGGGUGCCAGUGGAGCCGUGUUCCUGGCACGAAAGGCCAACACCAAGAAAAUGUUGGCACUGAAGAAGAUCCAAGUGGACACAAGCCGCAAGACACGAACCAAAGAGUCGCUUCUCAGGGAGGCCAAGAUUCUGUCAAAGCUGCAACAUUCCCACAUUGUGGCGUAUCACGAUUCCUUCUUCGACAAGGAAGAGGAAUAUCUGUACAUAGUACAAGACUACUGUGAUGGUGGUACUCUGGAUGAGAGGAUACAUGACAAGAGACAGAAAGGAGAGUUCUUCCCAGAGAGCCAGGUCAUGAGGUGGUUCAUACAGAUAGCUAUGGCAGUACAGUACAUGCACUCCAUGAAGAUCCUUCACCGAGACCUCAAGACACAAAAUGUCUUCCUCACCAAAAAGGAUUGUGUCAAGCUCGGUGACUUCGGAAUCUCGCGGAUGAUGGAACACACGUUGGACGUCGCUCAGACAUGUGUGGGAACGCCGUGCUACUUGAGCCCAGAACUUUGCCAGGAUAUCCCGUACAGCUCCAAGUCUGACGUCUGGGCCCUGGGGUGCCUUCUGUAUGAAAUGUGUGCCUUAAAACCAGCCUUCGAUGCAAACAAUCUCAUUAGCCUGUUUUACAAGAUCGUCAAAGGUACUUUUGACACAGUGCCUGACUGCUUCUCACCAGAAAUGACUGAUCUUAUCGGAACAAUUCUGUCUAAGUCACCCGAGGACAGACCCAGUGCAAGUGCUGUGUUGACUUUGCCGUAUGUCCAAGACCAACUGAAGAUAUUCCUGGAGGAAAAAGAAGAGUUGUACCGACAGAUGGGAGAAGAGAAGGAAAGAAAACUGGGAUCUCUAAAGUUUCCUGACUCCCAUCGAAAGUCCUUAAGUGCAGAAAACCUCGCACAGACCAGUCUGGAAGAGAAAGAAGACAACAAAGAGAGACCACAAAGAUGUAAAACUGCUCCACUGAGACGCAGUCAGCACGAGGAGGAAAUCUUCAGUGAGUCUAAGUCUAUACCGAACAAUGACACACUGUCCGAUGUAGAAGAUAAGGAAGGAAUAGAAGGUAAGGAAGCCUGGAAGACAAAUAUGUCAUCAGAAGAGGAGAGGGAGAUCCCCAGUGAAACGUCCUUUGUGAAGGUCGAUCAGUCGAUAUCUGACUCAGAAAGCAGCGUAGAGGACCGGGAGGGAAGAGAGGCAUGGCGAACACAGACAAACACUGUUGAGCAGACAAAGGAAACAGACGGGAGUCGGAACAUGUCAAGCCCAAUUUCCCCUAGAGAAGACUCGGCAAACUACUCCCAGGACUACUCCGACUCAGAUGAUGAUGAUGAGAUAGAGGAAGACAUCCCAGUGUCCAGCUCUGAUGAGGACAUUCCAGAGGAGAUUCCAGAAGAGAUUCCUGAAGCCAACAGGAACAGGAGCAAUAGGGAAUCACCACUGGAAGUAAAGGAUGAAGAGCAGCUUUGUGAUUGGGUGUGCACACCUGACAAUGACUUACAGCUGCAGGAUAUGGAGGAUGAGUAUGCGGAUGAUUUUGAGGAGUAUGAAUCUGACCCGGAGCUGGAGGACAUCAUCAACGAUGCACGGCAGGCGGCAGAGCUCAGGGCAACAGACGAGGACUUUGUUGAGGAGCCGAUUUCACCUGGACCCCAGGCUUCACCCAAGGGAACACAGGCAUGGAAGAACGUCAUCAAGACCAAGUGUAUCGAGGAGCUGGGAGCAGACUUGUUCCAGGAGAUGCGAGGACAACUGGAGCAGGGGGUGAAGGUGGAGGACCUGCGUCCCAAGAUCGAGCUGAUGGCUGGGUCCGAGCUCAUGGAGACCUGCUACCUCGUGGACUUGUUCACCGAGGAGCAGGCUUGUAGCUAGGAUUUGUAGAAGUGUUCAAAAUCUGUUUUAGUGUUUGGUAAAAGGUGUAAACUAUGUAACUACCAGGGAAACACUGGUCAUACUCUGGUUGUCCUGCCCAUAGUAAGGCAUCUGAUUUCUUUAGUGUAGGGUGUUCCUAAUCUCCUAGCAGAUCCUAGAGUAGCAUAAUAUAGUUUCAAAGCUGCCAGAGGAGUGAAGCCACCUAGGAUGAUGACUCCUUUUGGCCACCUAUACUCCUUUGAUACUAUCUUCUGCCACUGGUAAAUCUGCCUGGAGAUUAGGGUGUCCCCAGAAUGUCCUGGUGCCCUGCUUGCUAAAAGUCUGCCAGUGAUCAAGCAGACAAUUGUUGGCUCUGAUGGUUAGAGAAUAAUGCAGGAAUUUUUAUUUUUAUUUUUUCAAACCUGUAAAUCACAACUUUUGUUCCUUUGCAGACCCAGAUACCAUAGCUGGGUUUUUGCAAUGAUUACAUAAAGCAGCUAUCUAUUCCCUCUUCAGACCACU